GAACAUGCUUCUUUCCUGAACGAUGGGAAGGAACAUGGUUUCAGUCAGGAGUUCGACAGCCUAUUCUAAUAGAAGGUCCAAGAUUGAGCAACAAAGGAAGAUGUUUGAAUUCCGAUGGGGACAAAUUUCUACUAGUUGAUGAAAAAAGAGCCUGUUACAGAUGCGUUGUUAUCCAUGAAAAGCAUAUAAAUGUUCUACAGUACAAAGAAACCUAUUGCCACAGUAGAGAAACUCUUCCAACUCUCUGCGCUCUCAUCACCGGAGACGCUCUCUUGUACUCGAUGUUCAGAGAGAAUGCCGUCCCCAUACCCUGUCCCUUCCGGGGACCCUUCACAUUCACCUACAAUCGAGGCCAUGGCGAAUGCAGAUCUCCGGUGUCCAGUAUCGAGGCUUGCACAGAAGACAGCAAGCUUCUUCUGAGUUACCAAGCGUGUCCGGAUGUCCAUGGUUCAGAAAGCGCAACUCCCCCAGCGAACAAGUGCCGCUUUCCAUUCUGGAUAUCUAACUACAACCACUGGCACACUCUGGAUUACUCGGCGACUUACAGCUUUCAUCACAGAAACUCCACCCUCAGAAUAACUAAUUCUUCUGGAAUGGACAUGAAGGUUGUUUGUAUUCAACUGAAACAAUCGACGAGAGACGAAAACGUCGUCGUUCUUGUGACACAUUUCACAAUGGGAUG